GGAUGUUUGCGAUGCGCCUGAUCAUAAAAGCAUCAUUCACGUUCUGUAGCCAGCUGAUAAUUUGCCGAACAAUCAACGCUUGAAGACAACCGGUGGCAGCUCCAAUGUCUUCUGCUGUAGUGUCAUAGUGAAUAUAACCGACUGGCUUCUCAAUGAGGUCCGGAGGGAAACCGCUCACACCAUGGUGCCAUGGAACAUCAUGUCUCUACCGUUUCCACAUCCCUUGGACGGUCAGCGGGACUGUGUAUUCCAGCAGGAGCUACAGCACACAACAACAGAAACCACCACAGCCAAAAGAUGACCGAGUAGAUAAACCUGCUGUGCCUAUUCAGGAGCAUGCCAUAGCUACAAUACAGAAUCUGACUGACUUGGGGAAGCAAUGGGGGCAGAAGUCUAUGAGCACUGCCUCAAACACAGUUAACUACUGGUGGGAGAGGUACGAGGAGUUUGUAGGCCUGAAUGAAGUCAGAUAUGCCCAGUCUAAAGUUACAGAGGCAGAAAAGGCCUUCAUGGUGGCCAGAGGGAUGGUGCGUGAGGCCCAUGGCAGCCUGGAGGCCCUGCAGGUCCGGCUGAAGGAGGUGAGAGAUCGACUGGAUCGGGUCUCACGAGAGGAGGCCCACUACCUGGAGCUGGCCACGCUGGAGCACAAGUUGCUGCAGGAGGAACGUCGCAUGCGAACAGCCUACGAAAACGCAGAGGGGGCUGAAAGGGAGAAGUUUGCCUUAUUCUCAGCGGGUGUACGUGAGAGCCACGAGAAAGAACGGACGCGGACGGAGCGCACCAAGAACUGGUCCGUGAUAGGCUCUGUACUCGGUACCUUCAUAGGGGUCAUGGGUUCUACCUAUGUCAACAGGGUACGCCUACAGGAGCUGAAGACUUUACUACUAGAGGCCCAGAAAGGACCAGUCAACCUACAGGAAGCUAUCAAAGUCCAGGCCAGUAUGCAUAAGACUCAACAAGAGGAACUGAGAGGCCUUAUAGACACCCUGAGGACGGCACUACAGCAUAGAGCAGCUCAGGCUGAGAAAGAUGUGAAGAAGCCAGUGGCAGGUCCUGUUCUGGUUCCGGAACCCAUCGUGGUUCCGCCUCCACCCCAACCCUCUCCAAGUGCCUCUGAGACAGUUCUAAAAGAGAUAUUGCUCUAUAGCCAGAAGGCACAGGUUCUUAUAGAAGGAGUCCAGCCCCAGCUUGGGCAGCUUGACCAGGGUGUUGGGAAGGUUGAGUCGGAACUCAAGGACGUGAAGAAUUUAAUUGAGACGUAUCAUAGAGAAGAGAAGCCACCUGUCGUGAUAAGUCAACAAGAUUCACAGAUGUUUGUAUGUGAAACAGAGAGUGUUAUGCAAGGAAUUGACCAGACGGAGAAAAGACUUGAGGCUCAGAUAAACCAGACUACCAUGUACAACGCUGUUCUGGCUUACGUUGCGCUUGCUGUCACUGUACCUGCGCUGUAUAUUUUCUUUAGAGGUGUUUGACUGAUGUUAUGUACUGUAAAAUAGUGUUAUUAAUCCAACCAUCUUGAUUUACAAUGAAAUAAUUACAAAUUAAUAUUGUGAUGUGCUAUUCAUGUCUUUUAUACAGGGAAAAUGAACCAUGCACUGAUGUGAAAUCAAUGACUGUAUGAGAGUACUAUAAUUAUGUUUAAAUGCAAUACAUGAUCAAAUAUUUAGAAUUACAGUUCUUGAUCUAUUAAAAUGUAAUAUGUUGUCAAAUAUUUUAUGUUUUGAAAGUAGAUUUGUUAUAUAAAUUGUCACUCCUAGAAAAAAGAACAUUAAACGUGUAUUUCACACAAAAAUCUG